AUGCCAAUGCACCAGCGCUGCUACUGUUAUUGUAGGGAGAAGAACAGUAGCAAUUACUGGAAGCCUUGGAUUUUAAGGCAACUUCGAGAAGAGACUGCCUCUAUGCGAGGUAGCCAGAUGCAGGUAUCUCCUGAUCAGGCACAACUGCUUGCCAUGCUUGUCCAGAUUCUUGGUGCGAAACGCUGUAUUGAAAUUGGUGUUUACACUGGAUAUUCUUCAUUGGCUGUUGCUUUAGUACUGCCAGAUUCAGGUUGUUUAGUUGCGUGUGAAAGAGAUGCUAAGUCUCUGGAGGUUGCAAAAAAGUAUUAUGAGCGAGCUGGUGUUUCCCACAAGUGGUAUAGUAGAGAAUGCCAUUUGGAAACGCAGAAGACUAGUUCUCUUCUUGAUGAGUGCAGUUUGCUGCACUCAUCAAGUAGUGCUUUUAUCAUGUUCCUUUGCUUUCAUGUGGAUCAUGAGGCAAUAGUUUUCAGCUAUGAUUUUGCAUUUGUUGAUGCUGAGAAGAGAAUGAAUCAGGAGUAUUUUGAAUUGUUAUUACAACUGGUUAGAGUUGGUGGUGUCAUCGUAAUUGACAAUGUCCUUUGGCAUGGAAAAGUUGCUGACCCACUGGUAAAUGAUGCUAAGACGGUUAGCAUCAGGAGUUUCAAUAAAAAUAUAAUGGAGGAUCUGCGUGUGAGCAUCAGUAUGGUUAGCUUGAUAGGUCUAGUCUGCUUUUGCUGCCCGGGAAUGUUCAAUGCUCUGGCUGGCAUGGGAGGCGGUGGCCAGGUCAAAGCAACUGCAGCAAAUAACGCCGACACUGCUCUCUAUACUACCUUUUCCAUUUUUGGAAUCCUUGGUGGGGGCAUCUAUAACAUAUUUGGUCCCCGACUCACCCUCGGUGCUGGUUGCCCCACAACUUAUACUUUUGCCAUUGUUGCUGGUGCUGUGCUUGGCAUUGGAGCAGGCCUUCUUUGGGCUGGGCAAGGUGCCAUCAUGACAUGUUAUCCUUCUCCCGGCCGCAGGGGCAUCUACAUUUGGUCUAUAUUCAACACGGGUGGAGUCAUUGGUGGUCUCAUACCUUUCAUCCUGAAUUACCACCGCCUCAAGGGCGAAAGCAGCCGAAGGACAAGGGGUUAUGUUGGAAUCGGAAUUGUUGCUUUGCUUGGGACAGCAAUUUGGGGUGGAGGCCUUGCCAAUCAAUUGAAUUACUCUUAUAAUGACCCUCCUGAUCGCUUGGACUUCGAAAAAUCAGGAGGUGAUUUUGCUGGACCAUUUGUUUUAUACUUCAACUAUGGGUUGCUGGAUGCCAUGUUUCAAAGCAUGGGAUAUUGGGUGAUUGGCGCAUUGGCUGACGAUUCCGAGACCCUUAGCCGGUACAGUGGCUUCUACAAGGGAGUGCAGAGUGCAGGGUCUGCAAUAGCCUGGCAAGUUGACACACUGAAGGUUCCCUUGCUUUCUCAGUUGAUAGUGAACUGGUCGCUUACCACACUAGGCUAUCCGUUGCUGGCCCUGUUGGUUAUGCUUGCAGUGAAGGAUGAUGAAAAACCUAAUGAAGGAGCAGCAAAUGGUUCUUCUCCUCCGUCGGCUCCUCCUGCUCCUGUGGAUGAUGGUUAUGAUAAGGCUGGCAAGUCUAUUUCUAACUGA